UUACAUGAAAUUUUAAUCAUUGCAAGCUUUUAAAACUUAACAACAGACUAAAGCACCAUUAACGCAAUCCAUAUCAGUAAACAUUAGCAUAAAAGUUUCAGAGGAGUCACACAAUAACAAUUCUUUGUGCUGAUGGACAUAACGUGGAUGCUUUUAGGAAGUCAUUGACAGCUGAUUAUUGUUAUUUUUUGGGAGGAUAUCCUUUAUGGGAUUUUUUCUAUUUAAACACAGAUAGUAGAUAUGGAGCAAUAUUACAUUCAAACACAACACUGUGUGAAAUUGUUGAUUUUCGAUAAUAGAUUCAGAAAGUAGAUCCGUUAGCUGACAGUGGCGCGCGAUAACACUGACCCUUUAAAGAGACCAGACUGCAAAGAAAAGAUUUCUGAUCCAAGUAAUCACCUUUCAUUUACUCUCUGUUUAAUGAAAAUAUUGACUUCCAUUUAAAAGUUCACCAUAUAAAGUGAAUGGAUUUGAAGGAAUGCCGGUUUGGAGAAACUUCGGGAACCCAGUGUGAACUUAAUUUGAAAUGCUGUGAUGUCCACAAUGGAAUUAAAAGAAGGUAAGGAUAUCAAAGACGACAUGACAGACCAGGUUAAAAAUACCCAGGCGGUUAGAGUGAUUGACCAUGUGUUAUCACUACUGUGUUGUGGGAAGGGUCACUCCUCGCUGACCAACAUUAAAACACUCGGAGACAGGUUACAACAUCAGGGGUAUCUCAAAAAAGAGAAAUGGGAGAAGAAACAUCCCAUAACGAGGGACAAAAUCAUCCUGCUGAACUGGAUAAAAGAACACUUAAUUUCAAAAACCUACCAAGGAAAGGACGUUCUCCUGGACUGUGUCCGUGAUCUUAGACUACUAGAAGAUAGAGAUCUCUCUGAGGUAGAGAAUUUUGAAUUGAACCAAGCUUUGAAUAUUUUAUAUGACAUCCAACAAAACGCUAAAAGAGAAGAUACGGAUUCUCCUAGUCAUCUACACGAGGACAUUAAACGGAUGAAAAGUUCGCAACAGGCGUCUCCUAAAAUACAUCGGAAACAGGGGGAUUCAAAAACACAUAAAGAUAUCAAGACCGGUAACGAAGUCAAUAAACAUGUAGUUUUAACACCGCCUUCUAGUUCUUCAAACUCUGUUUUAAAUUCUCCAUUAAAUGAUCGAAAAUCCAAAGGAAAAACCCCGAGGGAUAACAAAUCUACAGAUCUAGAGGCGGUGCAAAAACAAAUGAAAUUAGACUCAUCUUCAUCCCCAAAAUUAUCAAGACCCGGAACAACCAGCAGUACAACAGAUUCUGAGAAGUCCUACUUACACUUACAUCGUGAAAAGAAAACUCACCAACAGCAAUCAGAAACAGAAAAUAAAAGUUAUACCGUAAAUACACCUAAUCGUGUUCAGCCAAGCCAACCAAGUUCUAGUAAAAGAACGUUAAAGGAAGACACUGCAAGAAUGAAAUCUAUUUUAUACCAUCUGAUGCUUCGUCCAUCGGAAGAUAAGCGAAAAUUCUGUAACAUAAUUGACGCUUUAAGUUACGACUUGCGAAAGAAAGAUAUGAAAAAUGAACUUAUUCAAUUUCUUCACGAAAAUCCACCGAAAUUUUCACUAAAACAUGUUGGAUUUAUUGAUGGGGGAGAAUGGAGCUUAUAUCUGCGUACGAAAUGUCCAGACGCAUUGUGUGCCUACGCAGUAGCUCAAAAAUACCAAGUUCUUCUACACGUCGUUGCUGUUGGCACCGAAGACACAGAAGAGAUCAGAUUUUAUCCGCUCGGUUAUAUUCACGGUAACGAGGAUAGACACGUCUACCUGGCGUACCUGUCUGACAACAGUUUCAUGCCUCUUGCACCAAUGGAUGCAGUAGAUUUUCCAUCACAUAUAAUGAGUUCAGAUAACUUCCAGAAAUGUCUUGCCAAGAUAGAGAAUCUGGAGAAAGAAAACAAAAUGCUGAGGACGAAACUUCAGGAAGUGGAAGACGACAAAGAUGAGGACUCCCCAUCUGACCACAAGGUGGCGCUAAGUGAUCACGUGUCUCUGAGGCUACGAAGAAAUAGCAACAACUUGGAGAUUGACAAACUCCGCCAGCAAUUGCAUCUUAUAAAAAUAAAAAUUGAACAACAUAAGCGUAUAUAAGUAUCAGUGCAUAAGAGAAAAUGUAUUUGUAAUUGUUGUAUAACAUAUAUAUCGCAUUGUAUGAUGAAUUUCUCUAAGUAUAAAUGGAAUCUAUCAA